UAACCAAAUAUAUUCACAAAUUCAUCACAUCUGCAAUUAUAUUAAAAAAAAAAGGUGGUAACCGAGGCAGGGUUGUGGUGGUUGAAGUAGCGUCCACUAUGAAUCACAGCUGCAAUUGAAUACGACAGCCGCAAUUCAUUUCAGUUCCGUCACCAUCGUUGAAUCUUCAAACCUCCACUCACACGCCGCAAUCCCUAUCCUCACAUAUAGUAAUAAAAACUCCUUCAAUCUCCACCAUUUCACUUUCCUAUGUGCAAAACAAAAAUGGCCAUUAACGCCACAAACCCAAACUCAACUCCACGCACCACCCAAACACCCACAAGAACAACAUCAUCAUCGUCAUCAUCGAAACCCACACGUGCAAUCUCCCUCUCCAACAAAACCAAAACCCCUUCAUUAUCUGACAACCCUUCCACCUCCUACGCCACCACCACCGGCUCUACCGGUUUCCAACUCUCCACCGACACUUCUACCUCAAGUCCCACAUCACUCACCUCUCUCCGCGGCACCCUCCCAGAUAACCCGAACAUCUACGAUUUCUCCGAAAUCCGUUCCGCCACUAACAACUUCCUCUCCAAACGCUACUCUUCCUCAACCCCUUGCUGGCGUUGCACCCUACGCAACGCUGACGUCAUCGUUUUCCAACGCAAAUCCCGAACCAAACUCCAAACCUCUCAGCUUCGUGAACUUCUCUCCGUCGUUUGCCGUAGCCACCACGUCAGCUUCAUCAAACUCCUUGGCAUUUCAAUCUCCGGCGAAUAUAUAUACCUCGUUUACGAAUUCGUCAACGGAGCUAACCUCUCCGAUUGUUUACGAAACUCUAGGAACGUUCACUUCACCGUUCUUUCUACGUGGAUUUCGAGAAUGCAAGUUGCUACCGAUCUCGCUCACGGACUCGAUUACAUUCAUAAUAAAACCGGUUUGAAUAUCAAUUUCGUUCACAAUCAUAUUAAGAGUAGCGCUAUUAUUGUUACGGAACCUGAUUUCAACGCUAGGGUUUGCCAUUUCGGCGCGGCGCAGCUUUGCGGUGAAGCCGUUGAAGAAAACGAAAUUGAUACAAAAAAAGUGGGGGAAAUCACGGAGGAACCUAGAUCCAAGGAAUUGAGAAGCUCUAUUGUGCAAUUCGAAGGUGUACGGGGGUAUAUGUCGCCGGAAUUUCAGGCUACCGGCGUGGCGACGCAGAAGUCCGAUGUGUAUGCCUUUGGAGUGGUGAUUUUGGAGCUUUUGACCGGAGAGGAACCGUUGAAGUUUAAAUUCGACGAGAAGAGCCGUGAUUUUGUGAGGAUUUCGGUUAUUGCGACGGCGAGAGCGGUCGUGGAAGGCGGAGAUGGUGGCGUGGAAGGGAAGCUAAGGAGGUGGGUGGAUAGGAGAUUGAAAGAUUCGUUUCCCGUUGAUGUUGCAGAAAAGUUGACACGUGUAGCAUUGGAUUGCGUACACGUGGAUCCAGAUAUGAGGCCUAACAUGGGGCGCGUUGCGGGGAAAAUCUCCACGCUUUAUUUGCAGUCAAAGAAAUGGUCUGAUAACAUGAAAUUGCCUGAUAUGUCCUUUUCACUGGCUCCUCGUUGAGUUCUUCUAACUUCAUAGGGCACUUUUUUUUUUAAUUAACUGGUUUUCUAAAAGAUUAAUUAAAUUGAAAGAAGUAAGAAUAGGUCGUUAUGAUUUAUGAUAUGAUGAUGAUAAGAGAAGAAAUGUGGAAGGAUUGAUGGUGUUUUUCGUUUUCUUUUAAUUGGUUUUUUGAAUUCAAAAUUGGCCUUGGAUGAUUCUUUGAUCGUGAUAGGAGUUGGGGAAGAUGUAUAUAUUUAAUUUAAUUAACGGCGUGAGUUUUUUUUAA